AUGGCACCCAAACUGAGUGAGGAUGACAUCGACGACCUCAUCUACUUCGCACGGGCCGGUGAAGUCGCAGAUCUGAACGAGACCUUAUCCACACUAUCAACACGUGAGGGCGUUUCCCCAGCAGAGAUCAUUUCAGCAGCCAGGGAUGAGGGCAAGUCCACGUGCCUCCACAUGGCAACGGGCAACGGCAACCUAGAGGUCGUCAAAAUCAUCCUCAGCCACUUCGCAGACCGCCCAGUGGAGGAGAAAAAGGCCCUUCUGGACGCGCAGAACGAGUUCGGCAACACAGGGCUGCACUGGGCCGCGCUGGGCGGCCACCUGGAGCUGGUCAAGCUGCUCGUCGCCGAGGGAGCAUCGCCCGCCAUCGCAAACGACAAGAACUACGUGCCACUGGACUCGGCAAGCUUCGGCGAGAAGCACGAUGUCGUGGACUUCUUCUUGAGCCAGAUGGAGAAGCUCGAGACGGAGAAUGGGGAUGCGGGGUUUGAGAAGGCUGCUGGCGGGCUGGAGGUCAGUGGUGGUGGUGGAGAAGGCGAGGACGAGGAGUUCGAUAACCAGGCAUGGGAUAACCAGGCAUGGGAUAACCAGGCAUGGGAUAACCAGGCAUGGGAUAACACCCUAUGGGAUAGCCUCGUGUGGGAUAACCAGGAUAACCGCGUGUGGGAUAGGGAUAACCUUUCACAGGAAAUCUGA